AAUAUAAACUAAAUUCGAAUCUGAAAAUGAGUUCCGGGAAACCGCCUCUCUGUUCCCCAAACCCUAGAAUCUUACUUUCCUUUCCAUCUUUUUGAUUAACUUUCCUUCUUCGCUGCUAGUUAUAAACAUUGAUUUACAUAAAACUCAUAUUACAUUAAUUUAUUUGUUCAAGUUUUAAUAUUUAAAUCUUAGCUUGUGAAUCGAUUAAUGGUAAUGGACUUCGGGCGGAAGAGAGGUAGGCCAGACACCGCCUUCGCGGGUUACGGCGGUUUCAAAAAAUCGAAGGAUGAAAUGGACUCUUUUACAACUGGUGUAGGAAGGAAAUCAAUGCCAUGCACGAAGUUUUUCAGCACUUCUGGGUGCUCAUUUGGCGAGACAUGUCACUUCCAGCAUUAUUUUCCCGGUUACAAUGCACAAAUCCAGAUGGCGAAAUUGGGCAGCAAUGCUGCUGUUCCUUUUACUGAUGGUCCUCCUCGAAUUGUGAAGACCAAGCUUUGCAGCAACAUUAAUACUCCUGAAGGAUGCAGAUUCGGUGAAAAGUGCCGCUUUGCCCACGGUGAGAUGGAGCUUGGCAAGCCCAUGGGGCCAGGUCAUGAAGAUUCUCGAGCAAUGGGAUCAACACCUGUGGCAAACUUUGGUUCAUCAGCAACCGCAAAAAUUAGCAUAGAUGCCUCUUUUGCUGGAACCAUUAUUGGGAAAAAUGGUGUAAACUCUAGGCAGAUUUGUCGACAGACGGGGGUUAAACUUUCUAUAAAAGAUCACGAAGUAGAUCCAAAUCAAAGAAAUAUUGAGCUUGAAGGUUCGUUUGAUCAGAUCAAAGAAGCUAGCGCUAUGGUACGGGAACUCAUUAUGAACAUUAGUUCUUUCCCAGGACGUGCCGAGAAGCCUAUGGGUCCUUUUGGUCAGGGUACACCACCAAACAAUUUCAGGAAAAAGAUGUGCGAAAAUUUCGCUAAGGGGAAAUGUACUUUUGGCGAGAGGUGUCAUUUUGCUCAUUCUGCUAGUGAGUUGCGGAAGCCAUUUGUUUGAGUAUAUGCAUUGUAACUGAAACUCUACUUACCAUGUGAUGAAACUUUUGCUAAAAAAAUUAAGAGAAAUUGAUUAGUUUCUUCAUGGCGUUCGAUUA